AGUUCCAAAAAUGUUUGCAAAACUCUAAGAUGAACUGCACAGCAUAAGUUUAAGAGAAGCUGCUCAGAUAUAAAGUAGCAUGAUGCAAACCAAUGUAGCGUCUGAAUUCAAGUUAUCAACUUUGAUUAAGAUACACUGAUUUAUUUGCACCAAUCAUGUCAGCAUCUGAUUUCAAAAGGAAGCGUGGGAGGAUGCUGUCAAAUCUCACCAGAGUAAGAAGACGAGCCCUAGUAAUGAUUGAAAAUAGAGGCUCUAGGACGCAGCUGGUCGACAUGCUUAAGGAGCUGGACGCUGCACUUGAGUCUUUAGAAGAAGUGAACGAAGAGCUCAAAGAAGCAAUAGCAGAAGAUGAAGCACUUGUUCAAGAAGCGGUCGAUUACAUGAAGGUUGCAGAGCAGCAACACGACGAAGCAUAUCAAUGCAUACGAGAAUAUUUGAAAUCCAGACAAGGUGAAACACCAUCUAUAGUGUCGGGCUCAAUUCAGUCUCACCAGUCCAGCAGCUCGUUAGCUGCUCGAAGCGCUGACAUUGCUUUUCAAGUGAAAGAAAAGGAACGUAAGCUUCUGGAGCGGCGACACCUGAGAGAAAGGGAAGAACAAGAGUUGCGAAGAAAAAAUGAGCUUCAAGCCGCUAAAGAUGCCGAAGAGUUAGCCAGGCUAGAAGCGCGCCUUACCGCAGCUGCUGAGAGUGAGCUCAGCUGGGACCGCAGAAAGGAUUUUGAUGGUGAGGCAUCCGCAGUUGAAGAGCAAGGAGCUCAAACCGAAGGCGAUUCCCCAGCUGAAAAGGAGUCUGAAGAUGACAGCCCUGAAGUGCAUGUGCCUAUUCUGCCGUCCAGCGCCCGUCCUGUGCCAACGCAAUCUGAAUCUCUGUUCGCAAGAAGUCUCCCAAGAAUCACGCUGCCAAACUUCAGUGGUAGUCCGGGAGAGUGGCCAAGAUGGUUCGCGCUCUUCCGAACAUUGGUGCACGAUCAAGCAACCUUAAACUCCACUGAAAAAAUGGCGCAUCUACAAAACGCAGUAACGGGUCCGGCGCAGCAGCUGAUCAGUGGGAUGCUCUACGAAGGGACUCUCUAUGAAGAAGCGCUGCACGCGCUAGAAAACCGCUUUGGCAGACAAGAGGACAUUGUGCAGGCGAAAAUGAAGGCUAUCUUUGCAUGCCCGUCGCCAGCAGAUCUAGAUCUGCAAGGAUUGGAACGGUUUCACUCAGCUGUUCACUCUGCCGUAACAGUUCUUCAGAACCUGAAGUACGAAGGAGACCUUCAAAGCACAGAAAACCUGCGUAGAAUAGUGGAGAAGUUGCCGCAAGAAAUGAAGCGCGUUUGGAGCGCACACGUCGUUGAAAUGGAGCCGGCCCGAGCUACAUUGAUCAACUUCGACCAGUGGCUCACAAAACAAGUGAGGAUCUCUCAGAAGCUCACUGCCGUGACAAUUCAAGACACUGAUCAAGUCAAAAAACGCGCCUGGCAGUCCAGACCAGCAACUGGAGCACAACAUCAAAAGACAAAAGAAAAGACACUGGCGACACUGGCUACAAACACUACAGCCUCACUCGAUUCUGACACUUGUGUGUGUUGCAGCGGGAAGCAUCAUUUGAAGGACUGCGAAGCAUUCAGAGCGCGAGACGCCAAUGGCCGAGCUGAGCUAGUGUUCAGCUCAGGAAUGUGCUUCAUCUGCUUAAAGAAAGGCCACAUGAGCAGAAAUUGUGUCUUUUCUAAGAAGUGUGGAAUAGACGGGUGCAGGAUGAAACACCACAAGAUGCUGCACGGCAGUCACCGUGUAAGGCCUCACGGUGGUGACCAGAGAGUCAUAGCCGCAGUAACGGGAAACCGACCAGCAGAGGGAAUGACGCUUCUCCAGAUAGUUCCCGUUCGAGUGCACGGCCAAGAUGGAAGAUUUAGAGACACGCUGGCCCUGCUAGAUCCAGGAUCUCAGACCAGCUUAUGCUCGGAAGCAAUCAUCAGAGAUGUGAAGAUUUCAGGCGAAGCGCAGUCGCUAUGCAUCGAAAAUGUUGAAGGACGAGGAAGUACCAAGAGGUCUGAAAGGGUCCAGCUGACUCUGAGUCCUUUGUGCGAAGGUCAAGAUGUUGACCGCAAGAUCCUUGUUCCUGAAGCGUUCUCUGUGCCGCGAGUAAACGUCCGAGCACAGCACAUUCCUAAACGAUUGAAAGAUGACUGGAAGCAUCUACAAGGCAUAAACAUACCUGACUGCUCACAGGGAACAGUGGAGGUGCUUCUAGGCGCUAAUGUCCUUGAAGCCGUUCUUCAACGCGAAGCCAAAGUUGGACGAGCAGGAGAACCGGUGGCGGUGCGCACGGCAUUUGGCUGGACGUUGACCGGCACGAUCGCUGGUUUCGUCCCACCUCAAACCAGAGAGGUGAUGUUCAUCCACCGUGCGGACACAGAAGACAGGCAUCUCGGAGAGUGUGUCGAAGAGUGGUGGAAGACUGAUUCAUUUGGCACGAAAGUUGAGCUCAAAGGGGAAGCUUCAGCAGAAGACCUGCGGGCAUUGCGUCUCCUAGAUACAUCAGUGAAGAAAUGCGGAGACCGAUACGAAGCAGGACUUCUUUGGAAAGGCAAAGAUCAGAGAAUGCCUGACAACAGAGCAUCAGCCAUGAGAAGACUUCAGAGCCUUGAGAAAGGCUUGUUACGUAACCCGGAAAAGGCUAAGGCGUAUGAAGCCGAGCUCCAAGCUUAUGUUGAAGCGGGGCACGCACGCAAGCUGUCUCAAGAAGAAGCCGAUCAGCGUUUGAAAAAGCGCUGGCUUCUACCACAUCACGCGGUAGUAAACCCCAAUAAACCCAAGCUGAGGGUAGUCUUUGAUGCUGCAGCGACACACCUGGGAGUGUCCCUGAACAGUGAGCUGAUGAAGGGACCGGACAUGCUGCAGAAUCUGGUUGGAAUUUUGCUCCGCUUCAGAGAGGAACAGACUGCCAUGGUAGCAGACAUCAAGAAGAUGUUCCACCAGAUCAGGAUUCGCCAGGAAGACCAGCCAGCAUUAAGUUUCUGGUGGCGAAACCUUGACACCACACGACAGCCUGAUAUGUACCAAAUGCAAGUAGCAAUAUUUGGCGCGAAGUGCAGCCCAGCGAUCGCAAAUUUUGUACUACAGAGAGCGGCAGAAGACGGCUGCACUGGCACAGAAGAGUCCACAGCAGCCAAGAAAGCGGUUCAGACCAGCUUUUACAUGGAUGACUUCGUCAAGUCAGAAUGUUCCAGUGAAGCUGCACUCAAUAUGAAAAGAGAAGUCUCCAGCAUCCUCGCCAAAGGAGGGUUUUGCCUCACGAAGUGGAUGAGCAAUGAGGAGAGGGUGCUGGCUGAAGUCCCGGUUGAUGAAAGAGCUGUCUUGAAGAUAGACUCGUCGGGCAAGUCGUACUGCAGCGUUUUAGGAUGCAAAUGGACCCCGCAGGACGACUACCUGGCCGUCAAGUGUAGCGUAGUCGCGGUGCCGCCGACGAAGAGAGGAAUCCUGAAGCAAGUCGCGUCUAUGUUUGAUCCUUUAGGGAUCGUGGCGCCCUACACACUAGUGGCGAAGAAACUGAUCCAGAGUCUCUGGGAAAGAAAGCUAGGCUGGGAUGAAGGAAUCACAGGAGAAACCCUACAUAUCUGGAGACGCUGGCAAGAAGAGCUUCAGCAUGUUGAGGACGCAUGUGUUCCACGGUGGUAUGGCGCGCCGGAACAAGAAGUUGACGCUCAGUACGAGCUGCACAUGUUCAGCGACGCCUCCGAAUUAGCGUUCGGUACCGUAGCAUACAUCAGAGUAUUGUCCAGCGGCUACUAUCACAGUCGCUUUGUGAUGGCUCGCACUAGGCUCGCACCUCUGCGACAGCUGUCGAUAGUCCGACUUGAGCUGCAAGGUGCCGUCAUGUCAACAAGAGUAGCCAGUCUUAUCAAAAGGGAAAUGAACUACAACUUCAAGCGAAUCGUCUUCUGGACAGACAGUCAAGUGGUGCUGCAGUUUUUGAAGAACGAAAGUCGGCGAUACCACACAUUUGUGGCGAAUCGUGUAUCUGAGAUUCACGACACGACAAGCCCAGAUCAGUGGCGCUUCGUGCCAGGCUCAGAAAAUCCGGCAGAUCUCUGCUCAAGAGGAAAGUCUCUGUCAGAGUUGAAAAACCAGCAAGAGUGGUGGCUAGGCCCAGCGUUUCUAGAAAGCAAAGAAGAGCACUGGCCACCACAAGAAGACGUAGGAGACAUCAGUCCAGACUGUGUAGAAGUCAAGAGGUCAGCAGCCAUCUGUGCGACAAGUCAUGCUAGUUCACCAAAAGAAGAGAUCACUUCUCUACUGUCCCAGCUCAUAGACCCGGCGCGGUUCUCUUCAUGGACUCGUUACAGACGCAUUGUCGCAUGGAUAAGGCGAUUCAUCAGCAACGUGAAGAGCAAGGUUGCUGGCACAGAAGUCAUUGAUGGUCCACUACGCAGCGCAGAAAUUGAUGCGGCUGAAAUCAGCAUAAUAAAGGACGAUCAAGAAACCUGCAUGAAACAAGCUAGUCUCGACCACCUGUCUCCAUUCCGAGAUCAACACGGCCUCAUGAGAGUUGGUGGGCGCCUGAGCAAGACUUCGUUAGACGAGUACACGAAACACCCCGUCAUUCUUGACGCCAAGAGUGAGAUCACCAGACUGGUCAUUGUCGAUGCACAUCAGCGAGUCAUGCAUUGGGGAUUGGAAAGAACACUUUGUGAGCUGAGAUCGAAGUACUGGGUGCAACGGAUGCGGUCAGCUGUGAAGAAGCACCUGUGGAAGUGUGCAUUCUGCCGUAACCGCCGCGCCUCGCCUCAGCCACCCAGGAUGGCAGACUUGCCAGAGGCCCGUCUAGACAUGAGACGUCCGUUCAGCACAGUCGGACUCGACUUUUUCGGACCUCUGACGGUGAAGAAGUUUCGAAAGACAGAAAAGAGAUAUGUGCUGCUGAUCACAUGUCUCGCCACUCGGGCCAUCCAUUUGGAGCUAGCUGCUUUGAUGGACACCAGUAGCUUCAUCAUGGCACUGCGCCGCUUUAUCGCACGAAGAGGUAGACCUCGAACUAUCUACUCGGACAAUGGCACUAAUCUAGUCGGAGGCGAAAGAGAACUGCGAGAAGCCAUCGAACAUUGGAAUCAGGCACAGAUAUCCGAUGCUUUGAGUCAGAGAAACAUCCAGUGGGUGUUCAUCCCGCCAGCCGCCCCGCAUAUGGGCGGUGCAUGGGAGCGUCUGAUCGCCUCGGUGAAGCGCUCCCUCAAAGUGGUUCUAGGAAACAAAUGCGUCUCGGAGGACGUUCUUCAGACGACCCUAGCGGAGGUCGAAUUCAUGAUCAACGGCCGUCCUCUGACCUACAUUAGCAGUGAUCCUCAAGACCCCGAACCUCUUACGCCCAACCACUUCUUGUUGGGCUCAUCUGAUGGAAGAGAAGGACUACCGCCAGGGGUAUUCAAUGAUGCUGAUGCUGAUGUUGUUGGACGGAGGAGAUGGCAACAAGUACAGAUCCUCGCUGAACAUCUGUGGAAAAGGUGGCUCAAGGAGUACCUUCCUACGCUGAUAAACAGACAGAAAUGGAAGACAGAGAAGAAGAAUCUGCAGAUAGACGACGUAGUUUUGGUCGUCAACAGUCAGAGUCCUAGAGGAUACUGGGAAUUGGGACGCAUCACAAGAGUCUACCCAGGCUCUGACGGAGGAGUCAGAUCAGCGGAAGUGAAGACAAAGAGUGGGACGUAUGUUCGCCCGACAACGAAGUUGUGUCUCUUGGAGAGUCUCAACUAAGCCUCUAAAUCGGAAUCAUCGGAGAAUCCGUGCGACGGGGUGCACGGCCAACUGGCCCAAUAUGUGAUGCUCAUGUGAGACGAACCGUGAAAGUAAUGUUGAUCUUGAUGGAGGGGGUACGUUCUGUGUUCGAAGACAUUGAUAAUGAUCCGCGUGGCUAGCACCCACAUUUGUGACCUGCGUAAGGUCAACGCGAGCCGUGACAGAAUCGGCAUGGGCCGUUAGUGCUCAGAGCUGACACGGUGUGGUCGUUAAGUGCAGAGUGAAAGACACCGAGGGGUGUCAGGAACGUGUGGCCUGUAUCGCGAGUGACAUGUUUCGUGUUCCCCCUUGUGAACACUGGUGGGGGAGGAUGUCGCGACCGGGGGGUACUGUGCGUUUGUUGCCUAGCAACGAAAUUGUUGUCAUAUUUUUGUGCUUAGAAAAUUAAGGAAAAGGGGGCUUUUUGGAUGAGAAACUGAUUGAAACGGGGUCAUUAUUAUAGCUCAUUCUGAAACAGUGAAAGUAAAUAUGCAAAGCCAAGGACGAUGCAUUCACUGAUUAACAAGUGUCAAAGUGACAUUCAAGAAGGGUUUAUCUUGAUGUUUCAACUUAUUUCUUAGUU